AUGGGCAACUUCUUCAAGGCUACGGACGUGCCGCCUGAGGUGGCGGAGGCGAUCAAGGCGAAGCAGGAGUUGCGUAAGGCGGAGCAGGCGGCCCAGCGGUUUGCUGCGGUGGUGCUGCGGGCCCGCGGUGAGCUCGAGACGGCCACCGACGCGCGCGAGGAGAAGAUCGCGGAGCAGGCCGUGGCGGAGGCGGCCUAUCGACUGGCCCUUCAGACCUUGCAGAAGGAACAAGCCCGCGACUCUCCACAGACACACGGAAACAAGAUUGUCAUCGACUUUGAGAUCUUCGAGACAGCGGAUCCCGAUGACAUGGACGAUGCCGAAAAGAAUACCUUCACGCAGUAA